AUGGACACAGAAAAGGAGAAGGAAACCCAUUGUCCCCAGGCUAGUCUGAGGUAUGCCAUGGAACAGGAUCAAAACAAACAGAUUGGUCUUGGCAAAUCACUUGCCGCUAUCCACCAGAGUAGGGCUGAGGGCUUGAUAGGAGUACCAGACCAUCUGGAAGCACAGGAUUACAUGGCCAUCAUCAUCUCUGAGAAGUGGAAAGAUCUCAUUGAUGGAGCAAAACUCCUUGCUCUAUACCAAUAUUCUGACACCAGGCCAGCUGACAGCAUGUGGAGUAUAUCAUCAGAAGAUUGGGACAGAUCUGCCGCUGUGACCUCUCAGAAAGGUUGGAUCAUCAGUCAUGAAAACAAGAAAAACCGUGAAACAUAUCAGGAAUUCUUCAGCCGCACUCAACAACGAGAGGGUCCCACUAGAGCCAAGUAUGGUCCUGACGCUGGGAUCCUUCACUUUGUCUAUUGGAUUGCAAAAGGUCAAGCCAGGCGUGUUCCUAUCGUCUCAUUGGAUAACAUCAAAGGGAGCUAUGCCAACAGAACUGUCAGAACCUUUUUCAAUUGGUUUCCAACCUGUUCAAACUCUUGGAUCCGAAGCAAUAUCAGCUUUGCCGUCAACAGAUGGACCGCUUGGCCAACAUGCAGGCUGAAUUUGCAACCUAAUGGCAAGAAUUCUCUUGUCCUUUUCUUGGACUGGCCCUGGUCUGCCAUCUUUGUGUCCCUCCACCUGUUGACGAGGGAGACGCCAAACAGGGCUAUGUCUGCAUGA